AUGGAGCGGAUCGCCCCGACCGAUCUGGCAACGCUGGCGUCGCUACCGCGACCUAAUCCGUGGAGCCUCGCCAAAGAAAGUGGCAUAAAUUCACGCCUCACCAUGAGCAGGGUCUACGGGUAUAGUGCGCAGGACCACGCAUGCCACAUGCCACCUCUCCUGGACUCCUCACACUGCGCGAGCAGCGCCGUCCGUCCGGUCUUCGAGGACGGGGGGUCUCGUUUCACGGCAGUUGUCUGGACUUGA